AUGCCAAAGGAGAAGGCUACCACCCGCGGCGCCAAGAAGGGCGGCAAGGCCGACGGCGGCAAGAAGAAGAAGGAUCCCAACAUGCCCAAGCGCGGUCUCUCCGCCUACAUGUUCUUCGCCAACGAGCAGCGUGACAACGUCCGCGAGGAGAACCCUGGCAUCAAGUUCGGCGAGGUUGGCAAGCUCCUCGGAGAGAGGUGGAAGGGCCUCAACGAGAAGCAGAAGACUCCUUACGAGGCCAAGGCCGCCGCCGACAAGAAGCGCUACGAGGAGGAGAAGAAGGCUUACCUGAACGAACAGUCCGCCGCUGCUGAUGAAGAUGAGGAUGACGAGUAA